GUGGCUGGAAAAUGUAAUUCUAGGCUAAUAAUGGUUAUAGAACUAAUCUUGCUUUUUCUUGCUGUUCUGUUUGGUAUCUUUCCAGCUGCCCCCAAUAAGCAGAAAUAAGCAUUAGAAUUGCCAACAGGUGGUCUUUGCAAAACAAGUGUUAAUUGCUUCAAAUACAUAAAACUAGCAAACUCCCACUGAACACUUAUGGUCGAGCCACAAGAAACCUCUUGGAAAAAAAAAAAAUUUCUUGUUUAGGAAGAGCUCAAGGAAAGAAGAAAAAACACUUCUUUAAAGAGAGACUGAAUGACUAGUCUUUCUCUCUAACAUUAAAUUUUAGAUGCAACUAACCAAAUCUGGCUUUCUCUGAAGUGAGAUUUGUAGUGUAUACUAUUUAUAUGAGGACUCCUACAGUUUCUCAUACUUGAGGUGGGGAACUUGAAAGAAACUAUCUGAUACUGCUGAUUACAUUCUGUGCUCUUAACGCUAGCACAGGUGUAGAGGAGAGUCUUCAACAUCUGAAUGACAUUUCAGUAGGAUUUGCUCAUUUCAACUUAUUGGGGUAGCAUGUGUGGUUUUUGUGUUUUCCCCUCCCUGCUGCUAGAUCCUGAUUCGGGAAGAUCCUCAAAGUCUGGCACUGAUUUGUUGCACUGCACAAAAUAACUGAUGAUAGGAUCCAACCUCUUGGCUGCAGGUAAUGCCAUCAUUUGGGAAGCAGAUUAGUGCUGUUAGAUGAACAUGUGUGAAAUAAGAUGAGACAUCAUCUCUUUUCAAGGGUAAAGCUAAGUAGUUAAUACACUUUAAAAAGCUAACUAAUACAGUGAGCUAACUUGGUAUGAUAUAAAGAUGACUCACCUAUGUCUUAAAACACUGCAAUGCAGGUUUGGAGCCUGUCAUCUCCAAAAGGAUACCGAAGAACUGGAAAAGGUUCAAAGAGGACAACAAGCAUGAUCAAAGACUUGGAGUACAGCCACUGCAAGGAACUAGGUGCCCCUUUGAUCAGCCACAUUGAGAUGAAAGCCCUGGAACGAGGGGAGGCUGCUUCAGAAAUGGCACUUGAUGAAGGUACCAUCCAUCUGGAAACAUCUCCACCUGGGCUUUGCAGAGGACUAAUGAAAGUACUGACCACCAGCAAGGACUUGGAUGGUGGAACAGAAAGCAUGCUGUGAACUACAGCAGAUGACACCAGCUGGAGCACAGGAGGUGCAAGGUACGUGGUGAGGUAACAGCUAUGGCAUUCAACAAGAUCUGGUAUACCAUAGCCCUUGGACUUCUGCUGCCUUUCUCUUAUGCCCAUACGGACUUCUUCACUUCCAUUGGUCAUAUGACAGACUUAAUUAAUACAGAAAAAGAUCUGGUGGUGUCACUGAAAGAUUACAUCAAGGCAGAAGAAAGCAAGCUGGAACAGAUCAAAAAAUGGGCAGAGAAAUUGGAUCAGUUGACAGAUACUGCUACAAAAGACCCAGAGGGGUUUUUGGGACAUCCUGUAAAUGCAUUCAAAUUGAUGAAACGGCUUAACACAGAAUGGGGUGAGCUGGAGAGCCUGGUUCUGAAGGACAUGUCAGAUGGCUUUAUCUCCAACAUGACUAUCCAGCGGCAGUUUUUCCCAAAUGAUGAAGAUCAGACCGGUGCAGCAAAAGCCCUCUUGCGGCUUCAAGAUACGUAUAAUUUGGACACAGAUACCCUCUCAAGAGGGAAUCUUCCAGGUGUGAAGCACAAGUCCUUUUUAACAGCUGAAGAUUGCUUUGAGCUGGGAAAGAUUGCCUACACUGAAGCUGAUUACUACCACACCGAGCUCUGGAUGGAACAAGCUCUGAAACAGUUGGAUGAAGGAGAAGUGUCUUCUGCAGAUAAAGUCUACAUUCUGGACUACCUGAGUUAUGCUGUCUAUCAGCAGGGGGAUCUGGGCAAAGCCAUGAUGCUCACCAGACGCCUUCUGGAACUGGAUCCCGAACAUCAAAGAGCAAAUGGGAACAUGAAAUAUUUUGAAUAUAUAAUGGCAAAAGAAAAGGAAGCAAAUAAGUCCAGUACAGAUUCAGAAGACCAGAUGGAGAAAGAAACUGAGGUUAAGAAAAAGGAUUACCUGCCUGAGAGAAGGAAGUACGAAAUGCUGUGCCGUGGGGAGGGUCUCAAAAUGACUCCUCGGAGACAAAAAAGACUCUUCUGCCGCUACUACGAUGGAAACAGGAAUCCUAGAUACAUUCUGGGCCCUGUCAAACAGGAAGAUGAGUGGGACAAACCUCGAAUUGUUCGCUUCCUUGACAUCAUCUCUGAUGAGGAGAUUGAAACUGUGAAGGAACUGGCAAAGCCAAGGCUGAGCCGUGCUACUGUUCAUGACCCUGAGACUGGGAAACUGACUACAGCACAUUACAGAGUCUCUAAGAGUGCUUGGUUGUCUGGAUAUGAAAGCCCUGUGGUAUCUCGCAUUAACACAAGGAUACAGGACCUAACAGGACUUGAUGUCUCCACAGCAGAGGAACUACAGGUAGCCAACUACGGAGUAGGAGGCCAGUACGAGCCUCAUUUUGAUUUUGGAAGGAAAGAUGAGCCAGAUGCUUUUAAGGAAUUGGGAACAGGCAACAGAAUUGCUACUUGGUUGUUUUAUAUGAGCGAUGUGUCAGCAGGGGGAGCUACUGUCUUUCCUGAAGUAGGAGCUAGUGUUUGGCCUAAAAAGGGAACAGCUGUAUUCUGGUACAAUCUCUUUCCAAGCGGAGAAGGAGAUUACAGCACGCGGCAUGCGGCCUGCCCCGUACUAGUUGGAAACAAAUGGGUAUCCAAUAAAUGGCUCCAUGAGCGGGGACAGGAAUUCCGAAGGCCAUGCACUUUAUCAGAGUUGGAAUGAUGCAGACUUGUCCUUUGUCUCUUCUGUAUUCAGUCUGUGUAAAAUGCACACAUCUCCUACAGUUUACAAUUGACUAACACUCCACUACAGGUUCAGUCUUCAACUACACCGGUGUUUCAUCUGUGGACAAAACAAAUAUGCUUUUAGUUCCCUUAAAAUACCCCCUUAAGGUUUUAUGAACAGAACAUAUUAAGGUCUAUGAGUGUUACAAGAAAAAAAGAAAAAAAAAAAAGACAAAAUACAGAUCAGGGCCCCAGCCAGCAGUGGGGGGGUGUGUGGUGUUCCCUUCACCAGCACCCCUCUGGUCAGCAUGGAAAGCCAGUGACUGUUCGCUCAGAGUCCUCCUUGCAGCUGUCAGUCUGCUAAAGGAGGGAUGGUUUAAUGGGAGGGCUCCCUUCUAAGGAGGGCUGAAUUAAACCAGUUUGUAUUCCUUAAUUCCCAGACAUUUGACUCCUUGCUUUUCUAGAGUGCCUGACCACUGCUGUUGAGAACUGCGGGCAUGGUUUGUGUUUAUCCAGGGAACAGGUUAUUACCAUGUUUUAGCCUGGGUUUCCACUUUCACAAAAGCCCCAAUUUUCAAACCGUCUUCCUUCUCAGCUUCUGUAGGGAAUUCAGCAGUUGCACACGCGUAGGUGAGAUGCUUCAGCAGUGUUGUCUCAAACACAUGCCUGCAUCAGAGCAGCCUGACAAUUUCAGCCCAUCUUCCCUCCAUUAUUUUGUAUAUGUUUGUCCACAUAAAGAAAGGCUGCUUUUAUUCUGUCUUAGUAGUCAACUCAACCCUUACAAUCUGUUCCUUGCGCAGUGGGGAUGGGAGUGUUACCAUCUUCAUGAAUCAAAAUAGUUGUGCCUUAGCACACUGGAAUUUUUAAUUGGUUAUGAGACUUCAGGUGAUGAGGUAACACAUAGUCACCCAGAAUAGAAUACAGUGCUCUCCACACUCAUCCUCCCAGUUCUCAAGGCUUUGUAGGAAAUUGUAUGGCCCUAUUUAAAAUCCUAAAUCUUUUUUGGGUGCUUUUUAUUCUGCAAAUGUUUUUCCCGCUGCGGAUGCUGAAUGCGGGCCACAGCAGUGACAUGCCUUUAGUCACAUGGCAGCUGCUUGCACAGGAUGCCAGAGAUGGUGCCUGCUCUGGGUGGUUUGGUAUUGCUCACCUUGCGGAGGCUGCCUCCACUGCAGCCACACUCCUUAUGUGUCACUGGCACACACAAGCAAGGAAGCGCUGGGAAGGGGCCUCCUCCAGAGGCUCUGGUGCUGCUCUCUUCACUGCUGCUUUUCCCACGAGCCAGGGCUGGAGCCACUCUGAUUCAUGCCACCCACAAAGGAAAACUGUCCCCAAAGUGAACAGUGCCCUCACUGGAAGAACUCACCCAGUGACUGCUGGGGACAUUAGUGUAUGACGAGUCAUCCUUACACUGAGAUGGAAGUUGAAACCUCUGAGGGAUACUAGAUUGUGGCUGCUCUAGCUGUUGAACUUUUGUUCUGCGCAUCAGAUUCCUGUGGGAACAAUAACUGCCAUCCCCGCUGUCCCCCAGCACGGGAAGAGCUAAGCAGGGUGCAUUGAGGCUGCAGGGAGGCUCGCUUUCCUAAGCCCUUUCUCUUCAACAGCAGGGGUUUUGGCAAAAUGUCUAACUAUUCCACUAGCACGAGGGUAAGAACCCAAGUGAGCUGCUCCAGAUGUCCCUGAACAGUCAGAUUUUCUGGAUGAUGAUGGUUUUGCUGAUUUAGGGGUCAAGCCUGAAGUCUUUACCAAGGAAUAAAUUCCAGUUUUAGUUAAUUGGAUUUUCUGCCUCAAUAAAAUCUUGAAAAUUGAGCCAAAAUGGAGAUGGAACCAACUGCUAACAUGUUAGAAAUACCUCGGGAAUACUCAGAAUGCAGUUUAAGGUACUAGAUUUUGAGAAACUGCAUACUUUGAGAAGACACUUUAAAAUCUUUGCUGGAAAACACAUUGUUAUAGUUCUACUGAGCCUCUUAGGCAUGGGACCUACGGAACUGCUUAUCCUUAGCCCUGCACCUUCUUGCAUUUCAUCUGUGCUUUUGGCAGGUGUGAAACAGAGUCCAUCCAGCUCUUAAGAAAACAAAAAUUAGAAAUAGUUCCACCUCAUGUCUGUACUUCUCAUUCAUAUUCAGAAUAGCUGGUACACCAGAGCAGAGUCUGAUACAAAUAGAUUCACUGAAGAAAUGGGUUAUCAGAGCAUAUUUUGAUCACUGAAUUAUAAUAAUUAAAAAAACCAAACCUGUAACAUUUUUACUUUCCUGAAUUUUCUCUCUUUCACACAUUCAUCUCCAUUCCUGUCUGUGGUUUCUUCUUCCCCAUAUUUUUUACUUACACUCCAAACAAAGGUAACCACAGCUGCAGGUGAGUCCUUCCCCUUUCCUGCAAGAAUAGUAGAGCAAACAGUGAGGUGUGGGGAGUCUGACCUUUGGGGUGCUCAUUUUCACUGUAGCUCCGAGGCAUCUAUAACUGCUUUUAGAAAAGCCAGUCCUGCAAGUUAAUGAGCACAAAAAAAUCCAUGUAUUACCACUGUGAACACACUUAGAAAACCUCUGGUUUUGCCAUCACAGAAAAGCUUUUUUUUUCUUUCCUUCCUAAAGUGAGCAGAGAAGUUACUUGACACAUAAAAAAUAAUUAAAAGUUAAAAAUUGUGGAGUUUACGCGAGGUAAGCGAGAAAUACUGAAUUAAAAGUGUCAGUGACUGCUUUAGGUGCUACUGUAGUGGAAGAAACACUGUGGCCUCCUACACAUUGAGUGAAGAAAGGAACGGUUGAACCACUGAGAAAUCACAGGUUUGUUGUAUUAAGCAGUGGGGUUUUUUCCUCCCAUCUCUGUUCAACCAGCACUAAAACCUGAAAAGCUUGAGAGAAGCUGUGCAAUGUCUGGGGAAGGUUGCUCAAUGGUUCCCUCCCUCACCUCAGCCAUCAGCAAGUACCUCCAGUCUUAAACAGCAUUUUAAGAAUGGGCUCUAGGAAGGAUUGCUUGGGGAGUAAAAAUGGUUUAAAAUCAUAGAAUCAACUAGGUUGGAAAAGACCUUUAAGAUCAUCAAGUCCAGCCUUUAGUGUGUGACUUUUAAAUCAGUGAACUCCUCACUGGCCUGCAGUUUUUUGGGGAAAAAAAAACAGUUUUUCUUGACAGUGGGAAAUUUCACUUGGUUUAAAAAAAAUAAAACUCCCCAAAACUAACACUCCAGCCUGCUGAGGCGCGUGCGACUGAAAUGUGCCAGAUCAUUGGAAGACAAAGGGUAAGCUUAAUGGUUUUAAACUGCACACAAUCCUAUUUCCUCCUUUUCCACUGCAGUAGUGGUCGCACACCCAACACUAACGUGUAAGGGAUUACACAGGUGGAGCUGCUGCUUUCUCCCUUACCCCUUCAUUUCUCAAAGGGCUUUUGGAUCAAGAGCAUAGCUCCUGUGUGACUCUAGUUUUGUAUUAAAGAUGACUGAAAACUGGCUCACAGUGACAACUGAGGAACUGCCUUACUGUUGAAUUUUUUUGUAAUUAAAUUUUUAAUGUAAAAAAAAAAAAAAAGGGCUUAAAAUAAAAGCCACUGCCAGUAGCAGUGAAAAACCUUCCACAU